AUGAACAGAUCACGUGACUUUGAUUUCCUUUGUGAGACUACCGAGACGCCAUUCACUUUCACAACAAACGUGACCUUAAACUUGAACUUUGACCAUAUGGUAGUCCCUAAUGUUCCAGACACGGCGUCACAGAACUUAGUCGAACUAGUCAACCAGUUCGACGUCUACCUAAACACCUACAUCAUCCACUUCAUGUGCGCCUUCGGCAUCGUCGGUAACGUGCUCACCAUCUACAUCAUCACCAAGUGCGGGUUCCGCGACACCACCAACAUAGUCCUGCUCUCGCUGUCAGUCUCUGACUUGGUGUACUCCCUGACCACAGAGGUUUGCUAUGUACGCAAAAUUAUUCACCUCUUCGACAUCUACCUAGAGAAGACAUACUACGCGUACUACAUCAUCAUUUUACUAACCAUCAACGGCAUCGGUAAUGCAUCUAGUUUCCUUUUGGUCGUGAUUAUCUCCAUUGAAAGAUUCAUAGCCGUGUGGUUUCCCUUGCAUGUAACUAGAAUUAUCACCCCUUUUCGAAUGAAAUGUGCUGUGAUUUUUGUGUACGUUUACCUUUUUAUAUUAGUAAUUCCUGAUUAUAUGUGCUAUUAUAUUAUAUGGUACCACAAGUCAAAUCUUAAUAUAACAUACGGAUGGAUCGGAAUCACUCAGUUUUAUACAGACAAUUCCGAUACACUUAACUCGUAUUUUAUGUUGUACAGGAACAACAUUUUAACAACCAUCCCGUUGAUAGUUGUAAUAAUCUGUACCACCAUGAUCACCGUCAAGUUGAUUUCAGUCUCCAAGUUCACCAAACAGAACGCGAAAAAGUCGACGUCUAGAAUCCUGAAAGACAUGAAAGUGAUCAAGAUGCUAUUGACGGUUUGUAUCGUGUACAUCAUCACCGUGGUACCCACCACCAGCCUUGAUAUUUACAUGACCUACACAGAGAUACAGCCGGCUGAGAAGAACCUCAUCAUCUACAUCCAGACUAUCUUCUACCAGAUCAACGCUUCCGUCAACUUCAUCAUCUACAUCACGGUUAGCUCCAAGUUUUCAGAGAAAUACAGAAGUCUUUUCACAGGGAGAGGCAAGGCAACAAAAAUUAAAUUUUAG